GCUUAUCUAGCUUGCACAACUUCAUGUUAUAGACUGGGAUAAUGAGUUUUCGGCCUUGAACUUUCAGGGGCUAGAACCACGGAAGCCCCUCAUCCAUCCGCACUAGCGCCCGUUUCUACUCCGCUCGUCGCGCUAGAUAUAGUGUCAACGACAACAACAUCCACAGCUGCGUCGUAUUGUCUAUUGUUUGAGCGAUCAGGACACUAAAACAUACAGCACAAUGCGUCAGAAUACGGUUCAACGUUCACACCAUGGAUGCGCUAGAUGUAAAAGGCGGCGACAGAAAUGCGACGAGUUACGGCCCGGUUGCGGCCGAUGCAUGGAGGCAGGCAGUGAGUGCAGCUAUGCUAAGACGUUAAAGUGGUUAGUGGCUCCUCGGAGUGUGGGAAAGAAAAAGAAAGAAUUAAACACAGAGCACUCAGAGGCUAUAGCACCAAUUACCCCAGGAGCGACAGAGACAGGACCAUUAAUUUGUUUAAACCCUCCAAGGCAAGGGUAUGGGGUAGCGCCAAUUGGAACGAUGCUGAGUAAAGAAAUCGAUGCACUGUCAUGGUUACCUUUAUCCAGUCGUUCGUUGCUUCACCAUUUCGUGAACAAGGCAUCUCACAUUACAGCUUGUCACGCCCAUAUUCAGACAAGAAUAUGCCGUCUUAUCGUUCCCAUGGCACUCCAGACACCGUCCUUACUCUAUGCCACAAUGGCACUGUCUGCAUUACACCGUUCAACGCUCAUAGAUGGCAUGCCGAUGAAUUUCGAUCUCGAUGAACUCGUGUCAUCGUUCAUGGCAUCGAGCCUCCAAAACCUUCGUCACGAACUCCAGGCAAAGGAGGGAGUCUCGAAGUACGCUCUUUUGGCAACUAUCAGAACACUCUGUGUGUGCGAGAUUCAUUCUGGCAGAGCAGAUGCCAGGUCAUGGCGUGUCCAUGUUGAAGGUGCGAUAGCAUUGUUAGGAACAACAAGGGCAAUAUCGGGUGUUGGUCCUGUCGACGAUGGCGAGUCACAAUGGCUCAUAGGCAGCUGGUAUGCGUCUAUUGAGUCUCUAAUGGCGCUUACCACCCGUCGUGGCCUACCAGGACCUCAAAUAGACCAGCUUGGCCCAAGAGUAUUGUUACGCGAGACACAAGCAGAAAAUCGAUAUUUAGAUAUAUACAGCGCUUACUCAACAGACCUCAAUGAUACCUUUAAAAGGAUUAGAGCAGCCGCCUGGGAACGUCAGCAGCUAAAUGCCAAUGCGGACAUCACCAUUGAGCCAUCAAACCGGGAUCUAGACGAAGAAGCAGAUAGGCUGGAAAGUUCAAUUCGAGCUAUGAUCGGAAAUUCAUCCUUCCGACCAAACGAUCUACAAGUCCUUUCGCAGCACGAAGCACAACAGUUCCAGGCAUGUAACGAAACCUAUUAUCACACUGCUCUCAUUCAUGUUCUACGACGUGUAAGGCAGCUUCCUCGAUCGGAUUUACGUGUCCAGGCAUCCGUGAAACGAAUCAUUGAAUGCUGCCUCCAGAUCACACCUGCGGAUGGACUAUCCCCUUGGGUGAUGUUGACUACGCCCCUCUUUACGGCGGGCUGCGAGGCACUUGGAGAAGACCGUGCUAUGGUUCGACAAUUACUUCAAAGCAUGUAUGACUCGCUCAGGAUCCGAAACAUUCAACGAUCACUUGGGAUACUGGAAACGAGCUGGAGUAACACAGAGGAUAACGAUGACUGGGACAGUCUUCUUGGUCAAGAUGAUAUUGAUUUCAUCCCUUAUUGAGCGAAAGCUCUUUUCUAGACUGCCCGUAGAGGGUUAAAUUUCAGUCUCGAUUAGUACCGCCCUUAUUCGACAAUAAAGCAAGCCAACCAUCACUAAAACCAAAGUUGGUUGACAAGUCUAUCCACACGAUAAACGACAAGGUUAUGGAUUGCCUCUUUAGUGAGGCAGUAUCGCCAGAUAUCGCCAGUGAGCGCCAUAACAUAAUAGGAAUUCGCCAAGUGAUGGGAAGAUUGGGGUGGUCAGGUAUGAGUUCAGUAUCUCGGUCUUCGGACAAGUGAGGGGAAGGCGGGGUGAUGAUGGGACUAGCGUUAUAACAGGCGGCUUAUCAUUAUAACCUCACAUGAAAAUACAAACUUUCUCCAAGGG